AUGGCAAGAAAUGCCAAGACCAUUGUAAAAUUGGCUUGCGGUCCCUUACUUGAGAUUGCGAAUGAUGAAACGGUUCAAAUUAUCCAUCACUCGUUCACUGAGUUUCUUCUAGAUUCCGAACGAGCUCAGCACAAUCCUUCUGGGUCGUUUCCUCAGUUCCCUGCUCUCGAUCAGAACUCUGCGCAUGAAUGUCUGGUUCUCAAUUGUUUAGCUUACAUGCAGUCAGGUACACUCAGUAACGCCGUCAGUAUAUCGAACGAUGUUUCAAACGAUAGGUGUAGCUGUGAUUGGUCAAUAGCAACACUUUACAGUAUCGGUUUUCGGAAAGCAAAGCUUGAUCACCCUUUGCUUGACUACGCCAUCCGAAAUUGGACAUACCAUGGGAAUAAUUAUGAUAUCGAGGACGAGUCUAUUUUCAAUGCAGGCAUUAGAUUUAUCACGAAAGAUUCAGUGAUACCAUCGACAGCGCAUGUGGCUGCGUUCAGCGGAAUGAGUAGCUAUCUAAAAUUACUUUUAUCCAAAACUGAGAAUAUCAACUCAAAAGACACUGGCGGCCUCGAGCUUUUACUACAGCAUCGUGCCGUACUCGACAAUGAAGAUGAUUCUCACCUAAGGCCUAUUCACGAGGCUGCUCGCAGAAAUUUCGCUCUCAUCGUACUGGCUCCACUGGAAGCUGGUGUUAAUCCAACCAGAAGUACCGAUGAUCAUUCUCGGCCUGAUUCGGAAGUGUGCUAUAGGAGUAGAGAAGGUGAGCCUGGGGCUGCGCUGGAUUAUAUGUGCGCAAAUGGACAUACAGAAACUAUCCUUGUGACUGUACCGUUCCUCGAAACGAGAGGCAUCGAGGAGGCAUUGUGGCGAUAUUUAACGAAUAGAAAAUCGGCAGCGGUACGAGCCACACUUACCGACACUAACGUCUCGCUAAGUUGUGUAUGCACCGGCACUACUACGCUUUACGCUGCAACGAUGGACGAGAAUCCAACCUGUGUAGAGCAAGUAUUGAUUAGGGAUGCAGAUCCGAACGCUUUUUCCGAACCACGAUUGCUAGAUCGUCGGCAGCAUUCUGCAAAGCCUCAAGAUAGGAAUCAUUUUCAGAGCACAGCAUUACACGUUCUUACAGAGAGAUGGGGUGAUGACAAUCGAGUUCAUGCUAAUGAGCAAAUCUUUAACCUGCUCGUAAAGUAUGGAGCAAAUCUCGAGGCAAAAGACAGCAAUGGACAUACUCCUCUUUGGUUGUGUUUUAUAUCACGGUCCAAUGCGUUCACAACAGAUGAAAAAGGACAUGGCCCAGUAUACCACGUGUUAGCCCAAACUAAAGAUGUCGAACUACUAAAGCUACUUAUUCAUCAUGGAGCCGAUGUUUCGCAAUUGACUUACGACAAUUGUGAUGCCAUUUCUACUAAUGGUGAAUCAUGUCUUGAGGCCUUAUUCGCAUACAAAUUUACUACCAGAGAUACAGAUAGUUUUGACACCACUAUUCAGUUCUUGGUCAAAAAUGGCGCCAGAUGUGAUUACUGCACAGACAAGGAGACGAAAAGGCAUUGUUUGCUUUUAUUGAAUAAAGAUACCAAGGAAAAAAUGAUGAAAUUUAACGAAGAAAUUUUAUUGUCCGGUGUAUCACUGAAGGAAAGGGACGAGAAAGGAUGCACUGCGUUGAUUUAA